UUUCACAGCCGCUUCUCUCUUCAUCUCGAGAUGAGGAUGGGUCUAUUUUAGGGGGAAGCACAAAAUUAAGGGGACCCCCGCCGGGUGGCACCUUGCAUAACCCGCCGCUCGCUUUUGUUUUCGGUUAAUCCACAUCCGACUUUUUUUUUUUUUUUUUUUAAAGCUGCGUUUCGGUGCGUGCGUGUGUGCGGGGCCCUGCCCGCAACUGGUGCUGCGAGGAGGAGGAGGGCGGCGCGGGAUGAAGGUUGAAAGGAGACAGCGCUUCUCCCCGCGUCCGCGGGCAGCGGGGGGGGGGGUCGGGGCGGUUUUACCGCUGUCCCUCGUUCAGGGGCUCCUUGAGGUCCCUGUGGGGCUGCCCCUCACCUGCGCGGCACCAAACGCGUUACCCGGCCCCACCGCUGCCCCCGCAUCCCCGCGAGGCUCCGUUUCGUGCCGUCCUUCCCGGCCCCUCCCGCUCGCUGUGGUUCUCGGGCUCCGAGGCUCUUUUUGAGAUAAGGUUUCUCCUUCUCGAGAAGGAUUUUUGCAUUUCGGGAUUUUCUUCCUCCGCUCCCCGAGGUCACAGUAUCUGCAUGGUCCCCCCCCCCCGCGGCGCUGGAGCUGGGAGCAGGGAGGGAGGGAUGGGUCGAGGCAAAAAGAGUCUUAAAGCGAGAAGCAAACUUUCCCUGUUGCAUUCAAAUAACAAUCCGGGAGGUGGAGGAAGGCGAGGGCUCGGAGCGUGCCUGGAACAGGGUUCUGCGAGCGCCUGUGCUGUCGCUGCCCGGCAGCAGGGCUGGAUGUCUGCCCCAUUCCUGCUCCCACAUCAGCGCUUCUGCCCCCAGUCGGCGCGGGUCCCUGGGCUCUGCCCUGUGCCACCCAGCUCCGUGGGGCCGGUGGGCGGCUGCGGGCUCAGCCCGGUCCCCGGCCCUCCUGCGAUUUGCUGCCUUCUGCCCCAGAUCCCGUUUUCCCAGCCCCCUACAAGGCCCAGGGCCGAUGCUGCGUUGCGCUGGCCGUGCCCAGGCAGCUCCUCGCCCUCCGCGUCCCAAUCCCGGCCAUUUUGGCAUCCCCUGGUGCCGGGCGCGAUGCUACAGCCCCAGGCCCCAAUCCCACGGGUAAUCCCCAAUCCAACCCCGCCGUCACCCCAGGCCCAGCCUCCCGCUCAGCCCCUCCGCCCCAUCUCGGCGGCUCCGCUGGGUUUAUUCCCCGUGGUCCGAGAGGCGGCCGAGCAGCUCUGGGCCGGGCUCCCCUCCUCGCCCUGCAGCCGUCACCGCGCUGCGGGGACAGAGCCAGGGAGCGCUGCUCGGCGCUGAUCCCCUUUGCCCAGAUCCGUCCCCCGCCGCAGCCCGGCGGGAGCAGCCCCUGUGGAAGCAGCGCUCGGUUUUCGGGGAGGGCUGCGCUGCUCCGUGCGCGGACCGGUGGGCGCUGGGGGUUCCCCGGAGCUCAGCGCGGAGCCGCGUUGGGAUGGGGCUCGGCCGUGGUGCGGGAGGUGCGCGGGGCCCCGCUGCCGGUGGAGCCGAUCUCGGCUGCGGCGAGGGCCCGGGGUGCGUUUCAGUGUCCUUGAGGAGCCACCAGACGGACAGAACUGCCGGGAGAGCGGCUCUGUUUGUUUUGUGGCGCGUUGCUCCCCUUCCUCCCCGCUCGGGUCGCCGGUGCUGGAUUCCCGAUGAAUUAUUUAUCGCGGGACUAAAAAUACCCGGGGAUCGCAGCCAGGAGCGGUGGCGCGGUGCUGCCCGGCCGCGCCGUGGCGUGGGACCCGCGGCCGUGAAUCACCGGGCACCGGGGCCGCGCCGUCACCUCGCGCUGCGGCUGCGGGACGGGGCGGUGGGAACGCCCGGCAGCUCAGCCCCGCGCUGCGACGCCAGGCGCGCGGAGAGGCCCCGCUCCGGGUUCUCUCGCCUAUUUCCAGUCCCAAAUGCCGGCCGUGCUUUGCACCAAGUGGCUUCGUGCUGUGUCACAGGACGGAGGGGUCCCUGGGGCGGCCCCCAGCCCAGACCCCGAACUUCCUCUCGCUGUGCGUAGGACGCGUUAAGCAACAGCAGCUUUUAAUUGCGAGUGACAUUUCCGAGCGCGGCUGGCAGCUGGCAUCUUGCUGCGUGCGGUGCCACCGUGGCUGGCGCGUGGCUGAUGGCCCGGGGGCUUCAGGGCUGGGGGUCGGUGUUCCGGACGGGGCUGGGGCCGUCAGCCCCGCGAUUCCAGCCACGCCAGGCAGAUAAAGGGGACAUUCGUCCUCCCCCAUUCAUUAGGAACUGCUCGAGCUGGGUACCACGCAGCUAAAGCUGGUGAGCAGCCGAUGGGGAUUUUAGGGGCUUUCCUCCCAGGCAGCAGCGCGGAGCUAUCAGGAGCCGAGGGGCUUCUCUGCCCCGGCACAUCCCGGCCCCAGCAGCACCCAGAGCGCUGCCCUGCUGGGGAUCCGCGCUCUGCACUGCAGAGGAUGCGCAGGGGGACGCGAGCUUUCAGGCCGUAAAUAUUUCAGGUGACUGUCAACUGUGGAGAGAGGCACGAGGGAGCAUCCAGCUCCUCCCGGCACCUCCCGCUGCUGUCCCGGUCCCUGCCCGGGGGCAAUGGGGAGCAUCCUAAAGUGGCUCGGAGGGGAAGGAGAGCACAGUGGCGGCGGGAUGGGGACGGGGUGGUGGAGGGAAGCAGGAACGGGUUGGGAAGGGUUUGUGGCUGCUGGAGCUGAGGGUGAGGCAUGUGGCACUGGGGGACAGAGCCUCUGUACCCCCAAGGGGGCCGAGGCGGAGGCACAGCCCUAUGGUCAUCCCCACACCACAUCCAGCCUCCAAGGGAGGAGAGUCCCUGCUUUCACUGGGGUCACCCGCUGCUGGGUGGUGCGUGGGGGACGGUCCCCGCAGAAGAAUGGGUGUGAGGGGCUGUGUCCGUCCUCACAGGGACACGGCGGUGGACAUGGGCAGAGCGCCGGCGCACACUCUGCUGCUGUCGCUGGUGCUGGGCUGCUCAGCUGCCUUCACCGACGUGCUGCUGCCCGGCCCUGCGGAGCCGGUGGUCAACGUGGCCGUGGUGUUUGGGGGCACGUCCUACCCGCUGCACAUCCGCUCCCGCCUGAGUCCCCAGAGCUUCCUGGACAUGCCCCUGGAGAUCCACCCCAUCACCGUCGUCGUCAACAACACCAACCCCAGCACCCUGCUCACCCACAUCUGUGACGUGCUGGCCAGCCACAGGAUCCACGGCAUCGUCUUCGAGGACAACGUCGGCACGGAGGCAGUGGCCCAGAUCCUUGACUUCAUCUCCUCCCAGACCCAGGUCCCCAUCCUCAGCAUCAGCGGGGGCUCUGCAGUGGUCCUCAGCCCCAAGGAGCCCAGCUCAGCCUUCCUGCAGCUGGGCGUCUCCAUCGAGCAGCAGAUCCAGGUGAUCUUCAAGGUGCUGGAGGAAUACGACUGGAGCUCCUUCGCCGUCAUCACCAGCCUCUACCCGGGCUACAGCAUCUUCCUGGAGCUCAUUCGCUCCUUCACUGAUGCCAGCUACUUUGGCUGGGAGCUGCAGGACGUGCUCACCUUUGAGAUGAGCCAGGAGCGGAGCAGCUCCAGGACGCAGCGGCUCCUGCGGCAGCUUGAUGCCCAGGUGCUCCUGGUCUACUGCUCGCGGGAUGAGGCUGAGUUCCUCUUUGAGAUGGCCGGGCAAGCUGGGCUGGUGGGGCCGGGCUACAUCUGGAUCGUGCCCAGCCUCACGGUGGGCAACAUGGAGCUGCCCCCCGCCUCCUUCCCCGUCGGCCUCAUCAGCGUGGUGACAGAGAGCUGGAAGCUGAGCCUGCGGCAGAAGGUGCGGGACGGGGUGGCCAUCAUCGCCAUGGGGGCAGCCAGCUUCUUCCGAGCCCACGGCUUCCUCCCAGACGUGGGGCAGGACUGCCGGGCGCCCGCCGCUGCCACCAACGCCAGCUUCUACCGGCACCUCCUCAACGUGACGUGGGAGCACAGGGACUUCUCCUUCAACGAGGGCGGUUUCCUGGUCAGGCCCACCAUGGUGGUGAUCUCGCUCAACCAGCACCGGCUCUGGGAGAUGGUGGGGAAGUGGGAGCACGGCAUCAUCCACAUGAAGUACCCGGUGUGGCCCCGCUACGGCUCCUUCCUGCAGCCCGUGGUGGACAACAGGCACCUGACGGUGGCCACGCUGGAGGAGCGGCCCUUCGUCAUCGUGGAGAACACCGACCCCAGCACCGGCGUCUGUGUGCGCAACACCGUGCCCUGCCGCAAGCAGACCAACGCCUCGGCCAGCAGUGACGGCCUCGCAGACCCCUACACCAAACUGUGCUGCAAAGGUUUCUGCAUCGACAUCCUGAAGAAGCUGGCCAAGACAGUGAAGUUCUCCUAUGACCUCUACCUGGUGACCAAUGGCAAGCACGGCAAGAUCGUGCGCGGGGUGUGGAACGGCAUGAUCGGUGAGGUGUACUACAAGCGUGCGGACAUGGCCAUCGGCUCCCUCACUAUCAACGAGGAGCGCUCUGAGAUCGUGGACUUCUCCGUGCCCUUCGUGGAGACUGGCAUCAGCGUGAUGGUGGCCAGGAGCAACGGCACCGUGUCCCCCUCCGCCUUCCUCGAGCCCUACAGCCCCGCAGUGUGGGUGAUGAUGUUUGUGAUGUGUCUGACCGUGGUGGCCGUCACUGUCUUCGUGUUUGAGUAUUUCAGCCCUGUUGGCUAUAACCAGAACCUCACCAGCGGCAAAAGACCAGGCGGUCCCUCCUUCACCAUCGGCAAGUCGGUGUGGCUGCUGUGGGCCCUAGUCUUCAACAACUCUGUGCCCAUCGAGAACCCCAAGGGCACCACCAGCAAGAUCAUGGUGCUCAUCUGGGCCUUCUUCGCCGUCAUCUUCCUCGCCAGCUACACCGCCAAUCUGGCAGCCUUCAUGAUCCAGGAGCAAUACAUCGACACUGUGUCAGGGCUGAGCGACAGGAAGUUCCAGAAGCCGCAGGAGCAGUACCCCCCGUUCCGCUUCGGCACUGUCCCCAAUGGCAGCACCGAGAGGAACAUCCGCAGCAACUACCCCGACAUGCACACCCACAUGGUGAAGUACAACCAGCGCUCCGUGGAGGACGCCCUCACCAGCCUCAAAAUGGGGAAGCUGGAUGCCUUCAUCUACGAUGCGGCGGUGCUCAACUACAUGGCGGGCAAGGAUGAGGGCUGCAAGCUGGUGACCAUCGGCAGCGGGAAGGUGUUUGCCACCACGGGCUACGGCAUCGCCCUGCAGAAGGACUCACGCUGGAAGCGGGCCAUUGAUCUGGCCCUGCUGCAAUUCCUGGGAGAUGGUGAGACCCAGAAGCUGGAGACGGUGUGGCUGUCGGGGAUCUGUCAGAAUGAGAAGAACGAGGUGAUGAGCAGCAAGCUGGACAUUGACAACAUGGCUGGGGUCUUCUACAUGCUGCUGGUGGCCAUGGGGCUCAGCCUGCUGGUCUUCGCCUGGGAGCACCUCGUCUACUGGAAGCUGCGGCACAACGUUCCCAAGUCCCACAAGUUCGACUUCCUCCUGGCCAUCAGCAGGGGCAUUUACAGCUGCUUCAGCGGGGUGCAGACCCUGGGCAGCCCCGGGCGGGAGCCCACACCCGACGUGACGGCGAGCUCAGCCCAGGCCAACGUGCUGAAGAUGCUGCAGGCGGCCAAGGACAUGGUGUCGACGGCCAGCGUGGGCGGCUCGCUGGAGCACGCCACGCGCACCAUCGAGGACUGGAGCAGCCGCAGCGAGCACCUCCAGCCCACGUUCUCGCUCAGGACGCCGCAGCUCGUGGUGCAGAACAGCACCGGCACACACCGGGGUCCCUCCUGCGGCCCCAUGCACCCGGAGAGGUUGCGCAGAGCCUACGCGCCCAAAGGGCCCCCCCGGGGGCUGCCCCUGCCCAUCCCCGUGGACUCCCGCGAGGAGAGAUGGAGGGGGACGAGCGAGCGCACCCCCCGCGUCCUUCACCCCGCCAAGUUUCAGGGCGGCUGCGCGGGGGACAAAGCCCCCCCGGGGCCCUUCCCGCACGUCCCGCCGAAGACGGCGCCGGAGGGGGAUUUCGGGGAGCACGCGCUGAUGGGGAACCAUAUCGGCGCUCCCGUUGCCGCUCCGACGCCUCCCAGGGAGCUCCCGCCGCCGGACAUUUACCGGGAGCACAGGCGGGCGGACCGGCGGCCCAGCGCCCCGCUGCUCUGCGGGGACGGCGCGGGGACGGCGCCGCGGCCGCUCCCGGCGUCGGAGCCGAGAAGGGAGGCGGGGAACGCGUCCCUCCCUCCCGCCUGCUCCCGCAGCUCCUUCCCCAGAGCCAGGACUUGCAGAGCCGUGGCGGAGCGGGAGCAGCGGAGCCGGCGGGCGAGCGCGGACCGGGCGUCCCGGGAGCGGGGCGAGAAGCAUCGCGGUGCGGGACUGCGGCGCUGCGGGACGCGCCCAUCUCCUGCCCGCGGCGACGUCCCCGACCUCUUCCCCGAAGCUGAGGCCGCCCACGGCUGCGGUCUCCGCUGCCCCGAGGCCGCCGGGCUGGCGGGGACGGGACGGGCGCCGCGCUCACCUUUGGCCCGGCUGCCGUCCUACCGGGAAGCGUGCCGGCAGAAGCCCCGCGGCACCGCCUGCGCGCCCUACGCCUGCGCGGACUCCUACGCCCACCCGCCCCUCUACCUGGGCCGCUCGUCCCGCGAGCACCCCGAGGUGCUGGGGGGCGGCCGGGGGUCGGGGCGCUGGGACGGAGCCUACAGAGACUGGGGGUGGCGGGGGGAGCCGGGCUGGCUGCGCGCGGUGGGCACGGAGCGGUCGGUGGCCCAUGGGGUGACGAGUCCCUGUGCCGGCGGGUCCUGGCGGCGGCUCUCCAGCCUGGAGUCAGAGGUUUGAUGGGGGCACGGGGGGCUCCGAGAGAUGCGCUUGCUCCCUGCUCACCGCCAGCCUGGAUGGAGAGAAGCCGAGCGCCCUUCGCCCAACUCCCCUGCGCCAGCUGCUCCUCCUGGAGAUGCGCUCGAACGUCCUCCGUCAUCGGCAGCGGGAUGCUCCAAACCAGAUCUGCUCACUUCAAAGGUCAAAGGAGCCUCCUCGAGGCUGGAUUGGGCUCUCCCCGCAGGCAGGGCUGGCUGGGUACAUGGGGACGCUGAACUCAUUGUCACUGUGGUUCUGUCUUGGUUUCAUCGAGGGAUCCCAAGCGUCCUGUCCAGGUCAUUAAAGAGACAUUUUGAACCGGCUCGGGACCCUUCUUCCAGC